AAUGUUACUUCCGUUGUUUUGAAAGUUUCGUGCAGAAAUAAAUAUUGAUCAUUAGUUGUAAUUUUAUACUCUGUAAUUGUACUUUUUUCUAACGUAGCCCCAUAAAGACAUAAAUUGACAUAUUUAACGCCAUGACAAAAGAUAAACGUAUUACAGACGAAGAUGGUGCACAAACGGCUUCAGUUGGAGGCAGUGAUCCUUGCGGACCGAUCAUUCGUAAGGGAUCGCUUAUGUCAUUUCGAACUAAGAAGUUCAUGGAAAUUCCUAGUAAAGAUAUUUUUGGUAGAUGCCGAUAUGUUUCUGUUUUUCAAAAGUGUAACCGGAUUGGCGAAGGGACAUACGGAAUUGUGUUUCGAGCAAGAGAUACAAAAAAUAAUGAGAUUGUUGCAUUAAAGAAGGUUCGCAUCGAUCAGCAAAUUUUCAAAGAUGGCUUUCCAAUCAGUGGUCUUCGAGAGAUUCAAGUUUUGAAAAACUGUAACCAUGAUAAUGUAGUAAAGCUAAAGGAGGUAGUUGUUGGAAAUAGUCUAGAAAGCAUUUUUCUAGUUAUGGAAUACUGCGAACAAGAUCUGGCUUCACUACUCGACAAUAUGGAAACACCUUUUUCCGAGUCUCAAGUUAAAUGUAUUGUUCUCCAACUAUUGAAGGGUUUGAAGUAUUUGCAUUCUAAUUACAUCAUUCAUCGAGAUCUUAAAGUGUCAAAUUUACUAAUGACUGAUAAGGGAUGUUUGAAAAUCGCAGACUUUGGUUUGGCACGAUAUUUGAGCGACUCGGAAAAAUCUAUGACACCCGGUCUGGUGACCCUGUGGUACCGGUCUCCGGAACUUUUAUUCGGAAUCAAAGAACAAACAACGGCGGUCGAUAUGUGGGCUACUGGUUGCAUUAUGGGUGAAUUACUAGCUCAUAAACCGCUUAUGCCCGGAGUUAGCGAAAUUUCGCAGAUAGAACUAAUUAUAGAUUUGCUUGGAACUCCUUCUGAAACAAUUUGGCCGGACUUUCCAAAGCUGCCAGCUGUGCAAAAUUUCACUUUAAAAUCUCAACCUUAUAACAAUUUGAAGCCCAAAUUUCCUUGGCUUUCAUCCGCUGGACUUCGAUUGCUCAAUUUUCUGUUUAUGUAUGAUCCGAAUAAGAGAGCGACUGCUGAGGAAUGCCUUCAGAGUAGUUACUUCAAAGAAGCACCGCUACCAUGUGAUCCGAAGCUGAUGCCAACGUUUCCCCACCAUCGAGAUUUGAAAAACGCUUCUAAGGAAUCGAUGGAAGCUCUUCCGUCGUCUAGUUCAAAACCGACAUUCGACCAAACCUCCAUUUCUGAUCUGCUCGGCUCAUUGGUGAAAAAGCGUAAGAUAGAAUAAUAUGUUUUAAGUAUUUGAGAAUAAAUUACAAUAUAAA